CUCUUCCAAAUACUUUUUCUUUCUUAGUAAAAUUGGUUUUUCUAACCAAAUAGCCAUAAAAAUCCCAGUUUUAUUGGGCGCACCAAACACGGCCGCCAAAAUGAAACGUUUUUCUUCUCACUGCAUUCAGUAGCCUCACUCCCGUCCAAAUAGGGGCAGUGGCUUGCCAUAUAUGGUGGCAGAGAGAGGAAAUCUAAGGAAUUUAAAUUAGUGAGUUACAGACUUACAGCCAUGAAACCUGGGGGGAUAGAUCAAUGGAGGGAAUUUUUUGGGGGUGCAAAUUCAAGUAUAUUUGAGAUUAUAGAUCAUGCAAUCUCAGUGGCUGCAAAAGAUCACCCUGAGGAGUUCAAGCUUCAGAGGUGUCAAAUUGUGGACAAACUUUACUCCUCUGAAUUGAAUCAGUGCCCUUGUCACAAUCAUAAUGAGUUGCCUAAUAGCAAGAAAUCUAGUGAAGAAUGUGAUACAGGUGCUAAUGGGAGUUUACAAGGAAAUGGCAAUGCUGGUGAUGAUUUGGGGGUAAUUGGUGGUAGCAAGGAUGGUGAUGAGAUUGACAUUUGCCAAAAUGAUCCUCAAGAGAUAAACACAAAUCAGCCAAUCAAAAACAGCUGCAGUGAAGCUGAGGCAUUAACAGCAGACACUGAUGAAGAGAAAGAGAUCAUUUGUGAGCUUGACAGGAUAAGGGAAGUCGUUCAGAAUGAAGAUCAGUCUGAGAGAGUGCUGCUGGAUUCAUUAAAGAGGCUUCAAUUGAUUGACCUCUCAUUUGAGAUUCUAAAGAAAACAGAAAUAGGAAAACCAGUUAAUUUGCUUCGCAAGCACAAUUCAAGUCAAAUCAGGCAGCUUGCUCGGAGCCUCAUCCUAGCUUGGAGGAUCAAGGUGGACAAGUGGCUUGAGGCCAAAGAAACUAUUGCUGGUUCAGAAAAACAUUCAGUGGAUUUCAAUCCUUCUGGCAUUGAUGAAGAAGGUGGACUUCCUCAGCCUGCAUUAGAUGGAGCAGCCUUUCUUACCCCUCAGUUUCCCAUGCAGAUUUCUCAUUCUCAAUCAAUUGAUGGCAUGGAUAACGAAAGAAAUCUUCAAAACAACGUGAAAAUUGAAGCAAAUUGUGGGAAGGGAAAAUCUCAAUCCACUAGCCUUCCAAUAGAGAAAAAUAUGUUAGUGAUGGAUGUCAAGCAGCAACCAGUUAAGCAAGAAUCUGUCUUUAAGCCCAUUGAAGCUAAACCUUCAGAUAUUAAGACUAUGCCCUGGAAUAUAAAGAAGCAGAGUUCAGAGCCAGGGAUCAGUCAUGGAAUUGACUUGCAAAGAACCAAUAAUACCACCCUGAUGAAGAAGGAAUGGCUAUUAAAGAAUCAACAGGAAACCAGAGAAACAUGGAAAAGAGCAGAUGCUGAAAAUGGUAGGAAACAACAAGACUCUAACAUGAAAUUGACCACACCGGUAAAUACCAUCAUCUCAAAGGCUGAGUCAUACAAGAAUUCAGAUUCUGUUAGGGCACCAGCAGAUCAUCAGGCUCUUCAGCAGAAAUUUAAGCCUCAAGAAAAAAACACCAUUCGAGAAAAACUCGAAGUAGCAAAAAGAAAACUCGAGCAAGAUCAUCAACAACUUGAGAAAGCUAAAAAUCAAAGGACAAUACAGAUGACAGAUGUGAAGGAUCUUCCUAGGCCAGCGGUUGGUCCAAAAAACCUAAAUAUGAAUCAGAAAUAUCAAAAAUGGCAUCAAGAAAAUCACAGGAACUAGCAAAGAAUGGGUACUGGAUCGGGUUUUUAAGUCAGUAAACUGGAGGUAUUGUAGCUUCUUAUGUUCAUGUAUCAGUGUUGAUUAUGGACUUCCCUCAAGAUGAGAGAAUAUAUAGCCUAAUAAGCAAAUUGAACUCAU